CAACUAACUUCGGAUCAGUAUCACUAGUGAUUUGACAAUUCCGUCGUCCAAUUCGGGACGGAAAGUAAUUUAUUAGUUUUAUCUUUGAUUUUUGCCAAAAUGUGCGGCGGUUUUACGUGCUCGAAAAACGCUUUGAUUUCUUUAAAUGUCCUUUAUACGGUUGUCGCUUGUAUUUUAAUAGGGGUUGCGGUUUACGGAAGGGCCGCUUCUAUCGUCACUAGUUUACCCAUAGUGAGUGGCAUUUUAGCAUGUGGUAUAAUACUGAUGUUUAUAUCAGUUUUGGGGCUAGUUGGAGCCGCCAAACACCACCAAGUCAUGCUCUUCUUUUAUAUGGUGAUUUUGUUCCUGCUCUUCCUGAUCCAGUUUUCUGUAGCCUGUGCCUGUUUGGGUUACAAUACUGAGCAACAAGCACAACUGGCUGAGCAGGGUUGGACAAAAGUGGACAACAUGACAAAAUUAGAAGUACAAGAAAGCUUCAAGUGUUGCGGUUUUGAACCAAAAGUUGACAAAAUACAUAGUCAUCCAUCAUGUGUCACUCAGAUACAUAAAACCUGUUGUCCCUCUGAAGAUAAAUGUAACUGUCCCCCUUGCAUGGAAAAGUUGCAGACAACCAUUAAUUAUGCUUUUAAGUUAUGUGGAUGGAUUGGAUUAUUCUUUAGCUUUACAGAGGUCGUCGGUCUGUUUUUGACGAGGCAUUACCGCAACCUCUCCGAUCCCGAGGAAAAACGGGCCACCGCAAUAUUCCCCCGUCAUAAUUUUACGUAUUGAUCUAGUCAUAAACGUUUAAGCCAAUCACUAUAUUGCCAUACCAAAGACCUUUUAUUUGUAAUAUUUAAAUAUGCAUCACAUAAAAUAUGGAAAUUAUGCACGUGAUUAUUGUGGUUGCUGAUUAAACCGGCUCAAUUAUUUUCAUUUCAUUUUCAGUAUUUAUUGAACUAACAACACGGCGUUAUUCAUCUAGUUCAUAAAUAAUAUAAUGGCUUCGUUUUUUGGUUAAUGCUAAAGGGAUGUUUGCAACAAGAUAAAGUUAGCGUUAUGAAUGUACAGAUUUCUUUGUGCAAAACCGCAUUCUCCCUUCAUGUUUUAGGUAAUUGUAAGGUGCUCCAAAUUGUUUGCUCAUUAAUCAAAUAGGAUAUUUAGUCAUUCAACAAACUGCACCACUUUAUUGUAAAUGAAAAACAUUGUAUAGUACUUUGAAUUUAAAUGUUGAUGUGAUGUGGAUUAGCGUUUAUACUACUGUAACUGUUGAACCAGUGUUUUAAAGGCUGUAACUAGGAGCAAAGUAUUUUGAAUAUACAAUCUAUUUCUAUUUAUUUAGAUACAUAGAUUUAGAUUAUAGAGUUUGCAUGGUAGUAUCCCGUAUAGUGGUAUAUUUUUCCAUAUGGAGCUUAGUUUUAUUAUUACAGGGCGGAGAACAAUAAUUAUAGCUUAAUUAAGUACAAAUUUUUGCUGUUUUGCUUUGCUUUUAGAUUAUAAUUAAUUUAUCGAUCAAUUUAUUGUUACUACUGUGUUAGGAAUAGACAUUCCAACGGCGACAUUAACUGACAAAUGUGGCUUAAGAUCUCUUACUAUUACUGUUCAUAUUAUAGAAUUCAAUAUUAAUGUGUAAAAAUUUUCAUCAACCUGACUGAUUUUAAAAUUGAUUAAUUUUUUAUUCAGACGUUAUUUAUAUUUUAUAUUGUACAUAUAUACUAUUUCAUUCAAUAAAUAUGUCAUCAUCA